CUCCUUUACCAGGUUUUGUCUGCUAACACUACUCCGUAUAUACGAUAGGCUUGCGAGAAAUCUCAGCCCUGGCUGAAAUCGAUCUAGAUGGCAACGCCGCAUGACAACUCCUUCAAGGGCUCUCGCCUCUGAACGGGUAUCCAAGGACGACCGGCACGGAUGCAUUGCAAGUGUCUCCGGCGGCUGUAUCCGUAUAAAACGGAGGGUGUGGACCUAUCAAAGCCCCAUCUUCACUAAUCUGGCCUCGCUAAUGCUUUUGCGGAUGGUCUCCGAGUCCUUUCCCCUUGUCACGCAGAUCAUCAUGAUAACGUUACCUCAAAUGGUUGUGCACGACCUGGGAGUUGCCGUGGGCUGGGCCGUCCUGAAGAUGAAUGUGUAAGUGUAUGGAUGGCAUUGAAAUCCGCCUAAACCCGGUUGAAGACUCCCAGGUACCGGCGAUGGGAGCCGAAAUGAAGCAUCCAGCAACUGAC